AUGUGUGGAAGAUACGCUUUGCACCUGCGACCUUCAGAGGUUCGCCAAUAUCUCGAAAAUGAGAAUAUGCCGGUUGAGGAAGCGCCUGAUGAUGAAGGUGAUGGCACACCGAGGCAAAGUUUUAAUUUUGCGCCGGGAUAUCAUGGUCUCGUUUAUCGGGCUAAUGUACCGGAUUGGGGUGCGGGAUCGAGACAUCACAAGGAAGGUGUCGAUGAGACUGAAAAGAGAUCCGCCCCUGAGCCAGAAACUACUAACCCGGAUGGGACUGAGCAAGAAGAACAUACGAAUGAGGCAGUCCAUAUGAAAUGGGGCUUGAUACCGUUCUGGACGAAGCGUAACCCGGAUUAUGGAUCGAUGAUGAAAACUAUUAAUUGCCGUGACGAUUCUUUGAUUGAGAAUAGAGGAAUGUGGAAUACGAUGAAGCAAAAGAAGAGGUGUGUUGUUGUUGCAGAGGGGUUUUAUGAGUGGUUGAAGAAAGGAAAAGAAAAGAUUCCUCAUUAUAUCAAGAGGAAGGACGGUCAGCUCAUGUGCAUGGCGGGGCUUUGGGAUGUCGUUCAAUAUGAAGGCUCGGAUGACAAACUUUAUACUUACACCAUCAUCACGACGAGUGCGAAUAAACAGUUGAAUUUCUUACAUGAAAGGAUGCCAGUUGUUCUUGACAACGGUUCAGAAGAUCUCCGUACUUGGCUUGAUCCAAAAAGAUCAUCAUGGACAAAAGAACUCCAAUCUCUCCUGAAACCAUACGAAGGAGAAUUAGAAAUCUACCCAGUUAGCAAGGAGGUGGGAAAGGUAGGCAAUGAUUCUCCUAAUUUCAUUGUUCCAGUAGCAAGCACGGAAAAUAAGUCCAAUAUUGCCAAUUUCUUUGCAAAAGGGGGGAAGAAUGACGCAAAGGCAUCAUCUAAGCCGUCACCUAAGUCUUCGGAUGCAGUCGCACUUCGGAAGAUCCAAGAGGAAGAAACAAAAGAUACACCAAUCAAGCAAAAGCAUACAGAUACAGAUGGUCGCAAAACUAUUGAUCACAAUGGAUCCGAGGAUAAUGCGCCAUUACCAGUGCCCAAAGCAGAGAAGAAACAAGGAAUAAAACGCGAGCUUGACGAUGUUGAUACUGAAGAGCCGCCCCAGAAGUCAAUCCGCGUUUCUGCAAGUCCCGAAAAAGAUUCUCCGCCUGUGGCGUCAAAUAGGAAGACUAGAAGCGCUACUAGCAAUAAUUAUGGAAGCCCGAAGAAAUCUUCUGCUCAGGAAAAGGGAAGUCAAAAGAUCACGAAUUUCUUUAGCAAAUGA